AUGAUAACUCGAACGGUAAGCUCGAAAAAAUUGGGCAGCUCUUUGAACAAUAGUAGCCGACUGCCAGUUACUUCAAAGACUCUCGAAGCACUCAAGUUGUCAUCAUCACUAGCAACAAGCUCAUCCCAAGAAACAGCCCGACCACAGACUCGAUUAACCGGAGCAAGUCCAAACACGGAGAGAACUUCACCGACAGGCCGCUUUUUGAACACCACCGUCUCAUCAACAAGUCCAAGCAAGAGUCCAGUGGUGUAUGUGAUGAACACCACGACUCUGAUCACAGUAACCACCGCAGAAAAAGGCAGCAUCUCAGCAGGUGGCUCUCUUUCACACAUCAGCCAGACGGGCCGCUACCUCAACACCACCACUGCAUCCGCGAAGCCCUCGCAGGGCUUUCACCUCCCAUUCUGGCGACUCAACAUCACGGCCCCCGGCUUCUUUUCCCGCACCAACACCACCUCCCUUCAAGCCCACAAGGUAGCUCUUCUCACAGGAACUGCCACUGGAACAGGCCUCUCCCACCUGUCAAACACCACCUCUUCUCGUCCCUUGUGGCUCAACACCACCAGAGCCACCCCCACAGCAGCACUGACCACCGGGCCUCGACUCUUCACAGCCAACACGACCUUUACAUUUGCCAACACCACCGUUCGCUGGGCCAACACAACCACAACGUCAUCGAUUCCGACCCCGACUGCAAUCUUUCCGACCUCGUGCGGUGAAUCCUCGGCGCCUUUCUCCUUGCAGAUAUCCUACCCUUCAACCCCAUUCGACAACUGGUUCGUCCACCUGUCCGCCCGCGCUCUUUUGUUUGGCUCACGCAGCUCUCAAGCGAGCCGGUUUAGCAUUGAAGCGGGUGGUUACCUUUGCGUUGUCGGGCUGGUGGAUGAGACGGAGGAGCAAAGACCUUAUGUGGCGGCUAUUGGGGUAAAAGAAGGGCAAAGAGGCGAGAUAUGGAUGGUGAGCAAAGAGAUGUUGGAUGUUUGGGGCGAUGAUUAUGUUGCCUUGGGGUGUACACAAGAUGGGGGACUGAGCUGUGGGGCGAUGAGGAACGGGACUGAUGUGGGUGAGGUGAGGGAGUGGGCUGGUUGCGGGAUGCAGCUGGGGUUGGGGAGUGGAAAUGGAACUGUCGCUGAGUGUGGGAGUGUUGGGGUGCGCGUUCUUGAGGGAGGAGGUGUUGACGGUGAAGUCAAUGAUAAUGAUGAGAUCGGGGAGAUGAGAUUUAAAAAGAGGGUAACGUUAGUUAAUCCUUGGGCUUUUACAGGCAUGAGUUAA